UCCUGUGUGUCUCCUGCUCGUGGAUCCCGUGGAGGUAUUCUUUCAAGGGGAAUCUUACCGAUCGUCUGCUGCCACUAGACUCUGGGUUGAAGCUGAAGUCAGUCCUACGGGAGAUGGAGAUAAAGAGAGCAGAUGUACAGCAGCUGCGGGUGAAGGAAGAGGACCUUUCUGCUGACCAGCUGGAGAGCAGCUCCAGUGCCGACCAAGAGAGACAAGAACCUCGUCUUAUUAAGGAAGAGGACAGUUUCUCUGCCACUGCUGUCAAUGUGAAGAUAGAAGAUGAGGAGAGGCCUUUAACCAGGAACUUGAUUCAUCGCAUUAAAGCUGAAGCUGCUGGACAUAACUGUGGUGAACCAGAACCAGCCACUGACUUAGGUACACCUCUCCAUCCUGACCAGCAUAGGUCAGUCUCCUCUGAAUCUGAUACUGAUGACAGUGAGGACUGGAGAGAAACCAGCAACUCUCAGUCAGGUUCAAAAUCUGUGGAGACUCCUAAUGUUCAUGCCAGCAAGAAUGAAGACGAUGGUGCUCACAAGUUGCUGUGCUGCUCCGGAUGUGGGAAAAAAUGCAGUUCAAAGUCUGGCCUGACUAAACACUUGAAAUCCUGCUGCGGAGAACCUCUUUCUUGCUCUUUUUGUGGGAAAAGUUCUAAAAGUAAUGCAGCGCUUGAGGUUCACAUGAGAGUUCACACUGGAGAAAAACCCUUCAUCUGCUCUCAGUGUGGCAAAUGCUUCACACAGAGAGGGAGCCUGAAGGAACACAUGAGAAUUCAUUCUGGAGAAAAACCCUUCAGCUGUUCACAAUGUGGCAAAAGCUUUACCCAGAAAGGGCACUUGGAGGAUCACAUGAAAAUCCACACUGGAGAGAAACAUUUUAGCUGCACUCAGUGUGGUAAAUGCUUUACAUGGAGAGGGAGCUUAAAGGGACACAUGCGUAUCCACACUGGAGAGAAACCUUUUGCCUGCUCUCAGUGUGGUAAACGUUUUACGCAGAAAGAGCACCUGAAUGUUCAUAUGAGAAUCCAUACUGGAGAAAAACCAUUCAGCUGCACUAAGUGUGGUAAAUGUUUUACGCUGAGGCAGCACCUGGGGGAGCACAUGCGAACACACACUGGGGAAAAACCAUUUAUCUGCUUUCAAUGCAGCAAAUGUUUUCCAACGAGAGAAAGUCUUAAGGAACACACCCGAAUACACACAGGAGAGAAACCUUUCAGUUGCAUUCUGUGUGGGGACAGUUUUACACAGACAGGGCACCUGAAAGCACACAUGAGAGUUCACAGUGGGGAAAAACCUUACGCCUGCUCGCAGUGUGAUAAGUGUUUUACUCAGAGAGGCAGCCUGAACAGGCACGUGAGAAGCCAUAUGUGUAACUAGAGUAGACUUCAUUCUAUCAUCUCUAAAACAGCCCCUCAAGAUGUUUGGAGACUGUUCUAGAAGCUUUUAAUUAGGGCUGCACCGAUCAAUUGGCUGGCUGAUUUAUCGGUGUCAAUAUGGAUUGUUAUGAUAUCAUCUUGAUCGACAGAUCAAAUGAAAACAUAUAAAAAAUAAAUUAUUAAUUUUAAUAAGAUGCUAUUUAUAUUCAUACAUGCUGAUAAAUGUUAUUGCUCUUUGGGCAUUCAUUUCAAAAUCCCAUGAUGUGAUGCUGCAGUCCGGUCUGCAGGCAUUAGAGACGUUUGCCAAUACUAAAAAAAGUCAGUCUGUAUUGGCCGAGUGGUCGGCGCACCCAUACUUUUGUCUUCAAGUCGAGUUGAUGAAUUAUUUGAAUGGUAUCUAUGAAGAAAAUGUUCCAGUCAUGGGUUGUCACAGUAACUCAGCCUCCUUUACCUUCACCUAUCAUCAUCCUCCUCCCUGGUCCUGUGUUAAAUCUAUAAAUCUCUAUGGUUGUUUUCCCCACCUUGUUCUGCACAGCAUUUCCAUUGCUAAUAUUCUCUCUUCCUCUGAAAACCUAAGCAUCUUAAACUCUGACUCUUGGAACUCUGCUUCAUGUCUUUGUGUCAGUGCUACUGUCUCUAACUGAACCAUCAUGGCAGGUUUCACUGUUGUAAAUAACAAUAAUGGCUCAGAUUUCUAUAACUUUUCAAGGCACCCGACACUACGGAAACCAUUAUUUGCUCAUACCUCAGUCACACCAGUGGCUAGCUGCACCUGUGGCCUCUGCUUCCCGGGGUUUGGCCGGUUGGGCUGUGUGACGGAAGCUCUCCUCUUCACUGUUUUCAACUCCUGGCCAUCUCUUUUGUGAGACUAUUCCCAAACAUGUGUUGAGCACAACUUCAGAAGCACACUGAGAUGAGGCCAAAACCAGAUCAAAGAUCAAUGUCAGCGAGAUGAACCCCAAAUAUCAAGAUUUGCAGGUAAACUUUGUGGUCUGUUGUGAACGUAUGUCACUCUGGUCAUAAGAUCCGACGUUUUGUGAAAACUGACAUAUGGUAUUCGAACUCUGGAGGGCCGUAUCCUCUUGUUUCACUAGUAAUAUUGUCGCCUCAUUCAUGAAGAAGUAGGUUCUUGUCUCUUUUAUAUUUAACAUCGUUCUUUCACUCACAGAGAUUGGUCGCCCUCAACACGCCCUGAGUCGGAAUCAGUUACUCCAUCACCACUGCUCUUGUGAAUGGAAUGUUCAUCUUUGAUGAAGAUUUUCAUGACUUUUAAUGACCCUUAAAAUAUAA